AUUUAAGAUUCCCGCACUCCGAAAUCCGCGGGAGAAGAUUUCGGGCAGGUGUAAUUUGAAUUCAUAUCUGAGAAUUACUUGUUUUUAAUUUUAAGUGCCACUUCAGGCUUAUGCCUGAUUUAUGUACCGUAUCCUUGGAUUUUGGAGUAAUGCCAGGGUUCUUUUGAGAUUCAUUCUUAAGAAAUGCUGUAAUGUCUUGAGAAACCUGUAACUUUGACCACUCAUGAUUGGUACCAUGGAGAGAACACCGGAGGAUGAUCUUCCUCUCGAGAAGGAGGACUCUACUCCAAAGCUGAAGAAGGCAGAAGCAAAGACACCUUCUAUAACAAGCUUCUUUAAACCACCAUGCAAAUCUUCACCUCUGAUGCAAGAUGGCAAAGCAGCAGACCUCAGAAAUUACUUCCAAGUGACAAAGAAAACUGCCUGUACAGGCGAACCUAAAAUCUCAUCUGAUCAGAACUGUAAAGAAGAUUCGUCGGUGAAAACUGAAAAAGCAAGUCCCGCCGAAGAUGGCGAUGGUAAAUUGAAAAAGGGUAAACGAGCAGGGGAGGGUAAGCCAGCCAGCAAGAAGCCUAAAAAACACAAAACAGAUUCAAAUCCUUCAAAUGCUGAUGAUGACAUUGAUUUUGAAUCCCCUCCCAAGAAUAGGAAAAAGAGAAAAUCAAGAUUGGAUUCAGAUUCCAUAGCUGAUUUUAUUGACACUGAAGACUCACAACGGAGUCAGAACACUUUGGAAAAUGUGGAAUUACAGGCUCCAAAAGAGCAAGAUAAAAUGGAAGUCUGUGGAUCAGUUGACACUGAGGUAAUGUGCAAUGGGGAAGAUGCACUGAACACAAGUACCAUUGUGUCGUAUGAAGAUUUCUUGAGAAACACUAUGGAAGAUGAGGAGGAUCAUGGCAAAAGUGAUAUUGAAUGUGAGACCAAAACUUCAGUCAAGAGUGUAAGUGAGGAAGAGACAGGAGACGAUUGUCUUGUUCCUGAAGAUUCUGAUCAUCCACCGGAUGCAGUCAUGCUUACACCUCCCGAUUCAAGAUGUUCUCAAGGAAGUCCAACCAGUGACCAACCAGCCACACCACAUGGUAAUCAGCCUACAAAGAAAGAAAAAGAAACCAAUGAGGAUGACACCUGUCUUCGUAAGGUCAUCACUGUCAAAGCCCAGGUGCAUAGUCCUCUUGAUGGCAAGGACAAUGAGUGUUUACCAAGCACCUUGCAGAUGCUCAGACCGGAGACAGAUUCCAGGAAAGGAGGGCUUUGUCCUCGUAGGUUGAUUUCUAAUGUCAGUGUGCUCGACUCAAGUCCAGAGCUAUCACUCAUAUCUGUGGAGACAAAAGAGGAACCGAAGAAAAAAGGACCAGUGUACAGCAUCUUCCAGCCAAAGACUACAGGUCUUAAAAAGGAUGUUACCAAGAAGGAAUCUACCAAAGAGAAUAAACAAGAAGAACAUACUAAAGACUUGUCAAAGCAAGAAGUCAAGGGUAAAGAUGAAGAUGAUAAGAACAUGCAAACAAAAGAGAAGGAAGAGGAAUGUGAUUCUGUCAAAAAACAGGAAGUGGACCAGAACAUGGUGAAAGAGAAUGAAGAGAUGGAAGUGACUGUGAAGCAGGAUUCAUCGACUGGAAAAGAUGAGACAGCGAAAAGGGCCAAGGAAGGAGCAGUAGCAACAGUUGAGAGUACAUCACCAGAAAGUGUCAUUACUUCCAAGCCCAGCUCAAAGUCAAAAUCUUCAGUUAAAAACAAAGACAAGAGAAAGACUGAGAAGGAAUUAUCGAUACCUACAAGACGUGUUCUAAGGGCUAGAUUUACCAAGGCAUUGACCGAUGCAGAUUCUAGUCUGGAAGAGUUUGACAAUGUAAAGCCACUAAAGACCAAAGCUCUGAAGCAAACCAAGAAGCCAGCAUUGAGUUCCAGUAAGGCAUCUGCAAAGUCUGAGGUGAAAGACAAGAAGAGAAACUCAGAGAGGUCAAAGAAAGAACCCCAGAAGUUCAAGUCUUCCUUGAUGACUGAAGGAAAAGGUCAAGGGUCAAUCAAAUUGAAACUCACUGCCAUCAAAACAUCACCAAAGAAGAAUAGCAAGGUGACCAAAGCCCAGCAGCUCCUGCAGAAAGCUAAGAAAGGCCACCACCAGACCACGCUGGUUCCUAAAACCCAGACGUCAAAACAACUUGUGAAGAAGAAAACUACUCAAGCAACAUUCCCUCAGUCUAAGGUCGUGUCGACAAAAGCCAUGAAAACCAAGCAGAGAGCCAAGAUGGAGGAAACUAAAGAGAAAGGUGGGAAGAAGAUUGUAGAUGGGGAAAAGACACAGACGCCAAGGAGAAGAUCCAGCUCAAGAAACAAACCAAAGACUCCACCCAAACCUGCAGCAAAAUUAGCACCCAUCUUUACAAAGCAAGGACAACUAGCUGCCGCUAAGAAGUUCAAGCAAGACAGCAUCAUGGCAGCCAUGGCAUCAGAGUCCUUACUAGUAGACGAAGCAAGUAGAGAUAGUUUGAUAGAUCCAAAGGAAACCAUGACUGAGCUCAGUGGAACGGCGUUGGGAUUCAACAUGUUGGAACAGCUUAAAAUGGAACCCACGUUACCGCAGAAGGAUGUUGGUGCACAGCUUACAAAAGCAUGUCAUGUGUUGCAAAGAGAUGAUACAGAUCCAUUAUGGAAGUUACCCAGUCCUGGGUUUGGUAAAUGGAAACUGAGAGAGAAACUUGAACCAAACCCAAAGAUCAGUCCAGGCAUAAAACUAGCACCGUCGUCUCAUCCCUCACUAUCCAGUAGUUUGAAGAUAAAGGGUUUUGUAGGUCAUUCACCGAUCAGUGAGUUAGAUAAGAAAGCUGUGAUUGAUGAAAUUCUUCAAGCAAACCCCAAGUUCCCUGUUCAAAAGAUCUUCAGGAUGUACUUGGCAAAGAGACAUGGAGAAUCACUCAAGAAUCAGCAAGACAAGCCUGUUGUAGAUGUUCCAACCGGUGACCAGAAUCCCAAAGAAGCAGUUGACCCCACAGAGAGCGUGCCUGCGAGCAAGGGUUCCAAGCUGUCCAGAGGCAAGCGGAAAGCAGAAGAUGCAAGCGAGGACAACACGAGAAGAAAGAUGGCUCGGCGGAGCGGAAGGGGGUGUGCCAGAAGAUCUCUUGAGGCCAGUCUGGAUGAGCCUUCGGAAGGAGGGGAGAUGGAGGAAAGGUCUUUGAGGAGGUCAUCCAGGAGGAGCAGUAGGAGAGUGUCAAGGACGGAGGAAGCAGAAGAUUGCAAUGAUGCUGAUGGGAAAGGUGGAGAUAAUACAACAAUAAAGGAGAAUGAUGCUCCAAAAGAACCAAUUGCUGAAGAGAGUGCAGAAGAGAAACGACGAGCUGGAAUACUUUGGACUGAGAAGUAUCAGCCGACCGCUGUGUCAGACAUGAUAGGAAAUGCCGCCCUCUGUAGGAAAUUUAGCUCAUGGUUGACGGAAUGGAAGAAGAAAACUCAAAGGAUGAAAGAGAAGACAAGGAAUGCACGAGGGAAAGACAAGAGAAAAUCUAAAGGUUCCAGGAUCAUUGACAGUGAUGAUGAGAGUGAUGAUGACUUCUACUGGAGUGAGAGUGAAGAUAGUGAAGAGGAAGAUGGAUUAUGUAAUACUAUUCUAUUGUCUGGUCCACACGGGGUUGGGAAAACAUCCCUCGUCUAUGCUUGUGCACAGGAACUAGGAUUUGAGGUUUUUGAAGUGAAUGCUUCGUCACGUCGCAAUGGCCGUCAAAUCAUUGCAGAGCUUGGAGAAGGAACUCAGUCGCAUCAGGUUGCUCGCCAGCCUGGCGUUCCCUCUGCUAACUUCUUCAAUCUUUCUCCAACAAAGUCUGGCUCUAAGACUACCUCCCCCAAGAAGAAGAAGAAGCCUGUCCUUCCGAAAGCCUUUGCUGGGUUUGUCAAGCUUGGAAGCUCGUCGAGCGUGAGCACCAAAAGAUCUCCGGUUAAGAAACCAAGUGUGAAGAAAUCUCCUAAGAAGGCCAUCAAGAAGUCUCCUGUCAAGAAAACCUUAUCCCAGCAAGCUGAAUCUCAGACCGGAAUCACCAAACCUAAAAUCACUUCAACAUCAUUAAUUCUCUUUGAUGAGGUUGAUGUGAUAUUUGAAGAAGACAAAGGAUUCCUAUCCACUGUGAUGUCAUUCAUGGAAAGCAGUAAAAGGCCUAUCGUCCUGACAACAUCAGAUCCAAGGUUUUCAUUUAGUUUAACUCCUAGAUAUGAUGAGCUGACCUUCAAAUUACCGCCACUGAACCCUUUGGUUAGCCACCUCAAACUUCUGUGCCUCGCUGAGGAUGUGGCCAUCUCACACCAGGACCUGAGAUUGGUUGCAGAGUUCUUCAACCGGGACAUCAGGCGAUGUCUUCAGCAUCUUCAGUUCUGGGUGUGUUCUGGAGCCACGCCCAUAAGUGAUGCGAUCAAGCCGGGACCAGACGGGAAAGACGAGGAGACGAGACUUGAGGUGAACGAUCAUAUAAAGAAUCUUGAACAAGAACUGCCAAGUGGUUCUUUAUUCACUAGGGAUGUUGACACUGGUAAUGACAGCGGAUUAGGUCGAGCCAUUGAGGAGCUGACCCAAGAACUGAUAGACCUUGAGACAAGGAUCAUAGCAGUGGGAGAGUAUUACUCCAUGAAGGGGUACAAACCCCAGGAUGUCUUAAAGGUGAUGGACGAAAUGGGAUUAACCACAAAGGAGACACCCAAAGACACUUGCAAUGGAACAGACAAUAUUCUUGAAACCUUAGGACUAAGCAGUUUCAGGACAGGACUUGGGAAUUACUGUGGGCUUUUUGAGAGUAUUGCUGGACUUGGGAAUGUGGCAGGUCCGGUGAUAGAUUCAUUAGGUAUUUUGAAGAAGUUAGAUGACCCUGUGGUACUAGGUGCUAUUCUCCGAUCAUUCCGUGAUCUUAGCGUUGAUGCUGCUCAUUCCAACCUACCUCAGAUUCUCUCCUCAAUUCGUACCUCUAAAGACACCAAACCGUCCAAUCAGAAUUCAUCUAAUGAGUCACCUGACCAAGAACUAAACAAAGAUGAGAAGCAGACAGCAUCAAAACUUGGCGGUGAACUGAUCGACAUCAUGGCGGAACAUGCCGACAGAAUGUCAGGAAUUGAUACAUUGCGCCCUCACAGUCUGAAACAAGACAGUCAUCUUAAUCGCUAUGGCAACAAUGAAUGGUGGCAUCCAUUGCAUAUGCCUGGGUUGAAUGAUAGAGAAGGUUGGUUAGGAGAUGAUUAUGAGCUUGUGGACUUCUCGGAUUCCAGAGAUGAAGAUGCAAGUGUGGAUGUGAGCUGUUGCUUGGAGGCCAUGUGUUUGAGAAAUUUUGUUAGGAGAUGCAGAAGAACUGUUGUUGAAGCGAGACAGGAUGAAAUCAGAUGGAAAGAUAUAGAACAGAGCAUCUUACCAUCGGAUGAAGCACUGCUACGAAUUAAGGACAUCUCAUUUGAUGCAACAUUGAGAGAUACAAAUUCUUCAGUGGUAUGCAGACUGCCAGACUACAUGUAUACAAAUCAUUCAGCCUUGACACUAGACUACCUACCUAUGCUCCGAGGGAUCUGUCGUCAUGAGAAACUCAGAAAAGAGGCCAAUCUCAAGAGACGGUUCUUCCAUUAUCUUGACAGUAUAUCAUUCUGUUUGAAGCCGCUUACACACCUCAGUCUAGCUACUAUUCUCAACCCUGGUCAUCAGCAUUAGUCCAAGGCAUUCUCUUCUCUCAGGGAGGCUAUUGCAGCAGAGAAGUUAGAACCCCAUAGCCUCCAGGGACCCCAGUAGAUGGGACUCUGUACAGGGCUUUGUGCUCGUGACAUGUGCAAUGCACACACAAUUUUCCUUUGACAUUUUUUUUCAGGCCCUGGAGCCGUUUGCCUCUGGAGUCCCUCGUAAUAUUUUUUCUUUUAAACCCAAUUUCAAUGUAACACAAUUUGUCUGAAGGCUUAAAUUAUGUUAUUGAACAUUGUCCCAAAUAAACAAGUUAAUUAACUAUGGAAUGCCAAAUGGGACAACUCUUGGCGGUUUCAGAUGUUUUCACCACUUGCAAUGGUUAACACUACCAAUCACCAGUGGUGUACAAGAACGUGACAUUCCAUUGAUUUUCACCACUUGCAACAGGCAAUCAUUAAAGGUCAAGUCCACCCUGGCAAAUUUGUGAUUUGAAUAAAUAGAGAAAAAUCAAACUAGCAUAACACUGAAAAUUUCAUUAAACUCGGAUGUAAAAUAAGAAAGUUAUUGCAUUUUAAAGUUUCGCUAAUUUUUCACAAAACAGUGAUAUGCACAACUCAGUGACAUGCAAAUGUGUCAGUCGAUGAUGUCCAUCACUCACUAUUUCUUUUGUUUUUUAUUGUUUGAAUUAUACAAUAUUUCAUUUUUUACAGAUUUGACCAUAGGGACCUACUUGACUGAACCAUAUAGUAUUAAACUGCUAAUUCCACAUGUAUAGGGAGGAAUUAAUCACUGUUUCACUUGACAAUGAGGAGAAAAUUUGAAUAUUUCAUAUAAUAAAAUACAAAAGAAAUAGUGAGUGGAUGAUGUCAUCAGUCUCCUUAUUUGCAUACCGACCAGGAUGUGCAUAGAACUGUUUUGUGAAAUUAAGCGAAACUUUAAAAUGUCAUAACUUUCUUACUUUACAUCCGAUUUUGAUGAAAUUUUCAGUGUUAUUCUUGUUGGAUUUUUCUCUUUUUAUUCAAAUAAAUUAUUUAUUGGGGUGGACUUGUCCUUUAACAUUGGUGUACAAGAACGUGACAUUCCAUUGAUUUUCACCACUUGCAACAGGCAAUCAGUAACAUGUGAUUUAGACGUUAUCACCACUCACACUGGAUAGCGCUAUCAAUCACCAGUGGAUAGCAGUACUUAUCACCAAUGGUGAACGGUCAUUCACACACGUUAUCACCACUUGCGAUGGAUAGUGAGACCAAUCACCAGCAAGGCGGGGGGGGGGGGGAGUGCUGUCUUAUAUAAUUCUUACUUUUACUGAGUCUUUUGCUCUCAAGCUAAUUUUCAAACUUCACUAUUAUUUUUUCAUACUUGGAUUACUAAAACCAUUGAAUAAUCAGAAUCUAAAAAGUAUUGGUCACAUUUAGUUAGAUAAGUAACUCGACCCUGGUUUAAUGUGGUUGACCCACGAUACAAAAAACUGAUUGAUGCUAAUGAAGGUGCGCGCAUCGGGUGUUCAUGUUGCCAGAUGUUAAAGCUGUAACUGCCGUGUUGAUCCGAAGGUCCAUCGAGCUGGUUCCCAUCAUUUCCUGCAUUUCCUUUAUCAGUUGAGUGGAAAUGGAGUUAAUUUUGACACUGCUUUUUCGGUUGGAUUUUGGGGUGAGAUAUCUGCACAAAUUCCUAUUGUAUGAAUGGUGACAGUUGCUGUAAAUCCUUAUACUUUCAGUUCAUUGUUGAAAUUAUGUUAUAUAAAAUGAAACGGGGAAAAUAAAUCCUGUGGAUCGUGAGAAAAGGAAACGCGUGUGUGCUUAUAUGCCAGUAAAUCAUUAGCAUUAUAACUUUGGAAGCCAGUAUAAAACAGUAUUAUUCAAUCAAUAGCAACAUCAUCUUGACGCAGCAUGCUUAUACUUAUAACAUCUCUGUUCAGAUUCAGAUAAAUGUAUAUACGUAUAUAUCGAGGAUCAUUCUAAAUAAAGAGGCUUGUAUUCUGAAGUAUUCUGAUUUAAUUAAAACACUGGUCUAGAGUUGUGGUUUAACAAUGAAUAGCCAAUUGUGACAUAAAUCCCUAAAAGUAGAGGCUCAAUGUGCUCAUCCGGUAUAACUGUCUUAGAAGGAUAGAUAAGAUAGAUGUCUCUACCAUUACAGACUUAAUAGGGAAGAGCAGAGUAAACAUAGGAAACGUCAACAAAAAUUUUUACAUUUUGGCUUCCCAUAUUUUUUUGCAAGAGAAAGACCAAAGGGUGCAAUGCUACAGGCCAAAAGAUGGUCGAGACAAUGAGGGUUGUUAAAAAUGACCCUUAAUGAGAUGCAUGAAUUACAAUUUCUCACUAAGUCACAAAAUAGUGGGUAUUUUUUCAAGUUGCCCCAAUAAGUCACAAAUGUAUCUGCAAUCGUUCUUUUUGUAGAAUUUUGUAGCAAAUAUAAUAGAUUAAAAAGACAGUGUGUGAGCAUAAUAGUAAUGAAGAUCAAAGUGGAGAUAAAAUAUGCAUAUUGAUAGCUUUUAUAUUUUAAUUUGCAUGUUUUCACAUGCAAAUUCACAAAUUUUUAACUUGUAAAGACAGUCUAUCAAUCUCUAAUUAUUUCCAAUAUUGUAUAAGGAAAAUUAAGCAAUGAAAGAAGAUAAUGUGACUGUCAAUUUUAAAAGCUGAUCAAAUGUGGCAUCUAAUCACUUUCGUGAAAUACAGUUGAUGCAUGCUUUUAUGUGAUGUCUACAAACUUUUGACAGUUUUGUGAAACUGGCUGUAGAAUCUCUUUGUAUCUCUCCAUAUCCUAAUCUGGCGAGUAUUUCACAAAGAUUUAAGAGUAGCACUUACUUUUUAGUUGAGUGCAAUAUAUACCACAUUGGUCAGAUCUUGCACGUAGGAUGUGCACUACCGGGUUUCCAUCAAUUAGGUGAGAUUAUGCGUUAAAUAAUAUGUGUGCAUUGGCGUCUAAGCUUGACUCUAUUAAAAAAGUCACUUUAAUAAAUCUUUGUGAAACAUCCCCCAUCCCAGAUCUUUAUAACAAGAGUGCAGAUAAUUUCACUUUUAAGUCAACUUUUAAUAUGCAAAUAACCCAUGGAUGAAAUAUGUGAUUGAAACAUUUUGAUUUGUGAAAGUGAUAAGAAAUAAACAAAUUGUUUGUGAAAUUACAUAUACAUGCAUUCUUAAUAAUUAAAAGAAAUUAUCAGUCAUUUUAUGAUCGAGGAAUGAUUAAGUGCAAGUCGCGAUAGGUUGAAAAAAAUACAAGAUGCAAUUGAUUUUCAGAAUUGUGUUAGAUUGCAAAUCCAACUCUGACAAUGGUCCAAUUUCCUGCAAUGUUAGCAUAGUGCUACAAUGUUAACAAGGACUUUCAGGAACUUUCUGAAUUGCAAAAGCAAAAUGAAUUCCUAUCAGCUAAUAUCAGUGUUUCGUAUUGAAGAUAAAUAAUAGUGUGUAUUGUAGAUAAAGGAAGGCUUAUCAUGGUAUAGUAUGCCUUUGUGCGUGUAAAUGAGCCUGUUAAAUAUUCUAUAUUUUGUACAUUUUCAUAUCUAAUAAAUUUUUGAGCUUAUAAAAUCAA